GAGACCCUUCACGUCGCACCUCCUGAAGAUCUUCGUUUUAACGCUUCCCUUGUUCGGCCAUGGGAUCUCUACCCGUAUUUCUCCUCCUUUUGAGCGAGUCGCGACCUUCUGCUUUCUUUGAGUUUGCACUCUUCUCUGAUCAGGAAAAGGCUCUUCGACUUCAGGAGCUCCUUGGAUUUAUCCACCAACACCUAGAGACCGAGAAUCCAGGAACCUGUCUUCUUCCUCAUCCUCUGCUCCGGCAACUCUUGUCGGGUGUGAAAUGAAGCCCAUUUACCACCAAAAAAUUUUCACAGAGGAUGACCAGCCACUCUUGGAAAUGGCUCAUGAUAGCCCACAGAGUGACGGAUUACCCAGCUUGGCACAGGAAUUUUAUGUCUCAAAAGAAGGACCGGCGAACUUGAAUGAUUUUUUUUAUGAGAAAGUGGAUAUCUCUCCUGGAAAAGGCCCGGCGGUGGUGAAAGCGAACUCGCAUACUGAGCAUCCUCCAGAUGACUCCAGGAAUCCCAGUUCAGGUGAUGUCAUGGAUGGAAGCCAUAUUUUAAGUGAUUGCAAAGUAAUUUCCCAGAAGUCUUUGAGUCAGUCCCCGUCUCAGUCUGGUUCAGAGAUGCUCUUCUGUUCAAGUCCUGAGGGCAGCUUAUGCUCUCCUGAUCUUUAUGUGGAAGCCAAAGAAAGUUUUGUCUGUGCUGAAUUCAGCGAGUGCACAGAUAGCAACAAGUUCGGUGAGAGCGAAGUUGCCAACUCAUGCGUCAUGACUGAUAGCAGGAACACCAGCAUUGUGAGUACUGUCAGUGGCGAGAGCAGCUCCAGCAAUUUUAGCAGCAUUAUGAGCAAGCCGCAUAAGGCAAGAGAUAGGGGAUGGAAGGCAAUCCAGGCUGCCGAAUCACGUAAUGGGCAAUUGGGGUUAGAGCACUUCAGGUUGCUGAAGAAGUUGGGUUGUGGGGAUAUCGGUAGUGUAUACCUAGCGGAGCUGAAAGACGAAGGGUGCUCCUUUGCCAUGAAAGCUAUGGAUAAACCGGCUCUGACAAAUAGGAAGAAACUUGCAAGGGCACUGAUGGAGAGGGAUAUAUUGCAGUCUUUGGAUCAUCCUUUCUUACCCACUUUGUACGUGCAUUUUGAGACGGAGAAGUUUUCUUGCUUGGUAUUGGAGUUUUGCCCAGGAGGAGACUUGCAUACGCUUAGGCAAAGGCAACCUAGGAAGUAUUUUCUAGAGCAUGCAGCCAGGUUCUAUGCAGCUGAAGUCCUGCUAGCUUUGGAGUACUUGCACAUGCUUGGGAUCAUAUACAGGGACCUCAAGCCAGAAAACGUUUUGGUCCGAGAAGAUGGGCAUAUAAUGCUCGUGGAUUUUGACCUCUCUCUAAGAUGCUCUGUCAGCCCGACUCUUGUCAAGCCCUCCAACUCAAUCUCCGAGACGGGGAGCUCGACUUCCUGUGUACAGCCUUCCUGUUUCACGCCGCGCUUCUUUUCACAUAAGUCCAAAAAGGAAAAGAAGUCCAAGCAAGAGAAAAAAUUGCGUCAUCAAGAAAACGUGCUGCCCGAGCUCGUGGCUGAACCCACGGACACUCGGUCAAUGUCCUUCGUCGGGACCCAUGAGUACUUGGCACCCGAAAUCAUCAAAGGUGAGGGCCACGGAAGUGCCGUGGAUUGGUGGACAUUCGGCAUAUUUCUUCACGAGCUCAUGUUUGGUAGGACUCCCUUUAAGGGUGCGGGGAACAGAAGCACUCUAUUAAAUAUCAUCCGGCAGCAGUUCAAAUUCCCGGAGUCACCUGCCGUGAGCUUCGCUGCGAGAGACUUGAUCCAGAGACUGCUCGUGAAAGAUCCGAAACAACGCCUCGCUUACACCCGUGGAGCCACCGAAGUUAAACAGCAUCCGUUCUUCAGGAGCAUCAACUGGGCACUGAUUCGGUGCGCCCAUCCGCCGCUGGUGCCUAAGCAAGCGACAGACGGGCUUACGAAAGACGCGGCAAAGCAAACGCAUGGCGUGGGUGUCGUUGCGGAACCUAUGGGUAAUUGUUCGGAUUUCGAUGUUUUCUAGUUCUGAUGAUCCUCUUUCUUUUGCUGGCUCGACAUCAGCUUAGUACCAUUUCAUUCAUCUUGGUUCCUCUCUCCCUACGUAGAACAGCAAAUGCACCCCAACAGGUGUGCAUGGUAUUGAAAAAGAAGAAUUGGUUCAUUUAAUCCUCUCUCAGUCCU